GAGAGGGGGAUGGAGUGAGAGAGAGAGUGGGUGUGCAGUGGGAGUUGUAGAUUGCGGGACACGCUGCGGCAGGACUCCCCAGCGUAAGACCGUCUCAGGGUGGUGGAGUGUGGGAUACGGUAGCAGACGGUGCAGUUAGCGUGCACUCUGUGCGUUGUCCGGUCGCGGUGCGGGGACGUUUCUCUCCACCGCUCGCCAUGCUCCGCUGGGCGGUCCUGAUCGCCGCCGCGCUCCACUGCGGCCUGUACACCUGUGCGGACGGCCUCCGCCACAAAGUACUGUACCCUGCAGCUCAUAGAGUGAAGAGGGGACUGGUUAACCCCACCUUCCAGCACUCAGUAGAAGAUGUCAAACUGCUCUUUGAGAUCCUGCUGGCGGGCUUCCGGAUGGAGGACGAUCGCGGCGCCUUCUCCGUGCGGGACGAGGAACUGGCCUCCCUGCGCCAGACACAGGAGCUCGCCAACAUCUGCGACGAAGUCCUACCCCGGAAACUGACCGACAUCCGCCGCCUCACCGCCCAGCUGUCCCGGUACCAGGGCCACCUCCGCAGGCCGGACUUCGAGCGAACAGUGCUGACCAUGGUCUACACCGCCUACCAACUCGCGCACACCACGGGGCAGCAGAGAGACUGGUGGGCCGAGUCUUUUCUCAGCCUGUUCAGCGCCAUAAAACAUGACCUGACGGUGCAAUGAAUCCGUGUUCGUCGUCAUAUGUAUAAACCAUGUAAAACUAUAUUUUUACUCUUGACAUUCAGACAUACAAACCAUGAAAGCAAAUAUAUUCACACGUAGCCACGAACACGGGUGAUGUGGUUGUUUGUAACUGCUGGCUAGCCUCCAAAUAAUGCACAACUUUCCCUUUGACAUCUUGCUUUUAAAAGGUUAAAAACUAUAUUUUAAAUCUGAAUUUGGCAUUAAGGCAUGCAGAUUAUGAAAGCAGAAGUAUUGUUCUACAAAAUAUAGAUUAAAGUUUAUGUGAAAUUGGCUGUCGUGACUUACGGCUGAUAGGACGGGUGACAUAUAUAGCUUAUUUUAAGAAAGUUAGAGCAUUGCAUUUCAGUAUCGCUAUACCUUUCACUAGAUAGAAGCAGGCGCUGCUAAACAAACCUCAAUCGUUUGAUUCAAUUGGUGGCGUCUUAAUACCACAUGGGGUCGCUGUGUUCAGUAACACACGUCUCACGCUAGUACAUCUCAUAACCUAUUAGGUUACAGUGUGCUGCUGUUGAGGAAAUUAACUGAUUGAUUCGAAUGUUUGGGUUCAUGCGGAAUAUAUUUGAAUACCAAAACUAUUACUCAUGCAGGGAAAGCGCAGAAAGUCAGAAUGUGCCCGUCACAAGAUCGCACACCUAACAAAUUCACUCUUCUAAGAUUCAUAGACUGCCGGAGAAUUUGCGGUUGUGAUUAGAUGGCCAUUAUUUCUAAAUGGGGGAGUCCCAACUGUAGCUUCAUUACGACACUGAGCUAAUGAAUCAAAAGGGGACAAGGGGGAGAUUUAAAAACAAAAACACCUCCUGCACAUCCGCACACUUGAUGUUGGAGACAUACAGUACAAUUGUUGAAAUUAUUUUGCUUUAUAUUAUUGCAUCUUUACAAUUGUUAUGCAUUUGUUAUGUGUGAGAUCAAUUUACAACUUACAAAUGUAAUAAAAACGCAUAUACUGAAA